UUAAUUUUGAAUGGCUAGACGGAGUCGCGGAGGGAGUGAUAAGUUAUCGUUUUGUAAUAAUUUAGAAAGUGUGUGUGAAUGUCUGUUUAAGUGUUUAGUUCAGUCGUUGGGAGGAACUUCCAUUUUAGGAGUGCCACGGUGAACACGCCGAGGAAGAGUGAAAGCUCUAUUUUUAGAAACUUCCUCCAUUAAUGCACCCUAAAUUUGGAACUUUGCAAAUUCCUUCUUUCUCAAAUUCUUUGUCUCAAUUUUGAUGUAGUUAAUUCAACAAUUAAAUUAAAUGGCAGUUUUAGCGAAUUCGUUUGUUCAUCUGCCUCCAUUUUUAGCAAAAACUUCCUUCAGAAGCUCCAGAAAAUCAGUUACAACUAGAAUACCAAUUAUUCGCUCCAGCGUGGAAGCUCAUGAUAGCGUGGACAUUUCUCAGGCGUCUAGUAGCGAAUCAGAACUGCAAAAGAGUGAUGUAUGGCGACUCUUCUCAGAAGCUCAGCAGAACAUACUGUAUUUGGACAAACAACGCAUGGCUGCGGUUCAAGAGCUGAAUAAAGCAAACAUGGAGAUUCAAACUCUGCAUCAAAGAAUAGAGACUCUGGAGGCUGGAAAGCAUCAAAAUUCCAUAAGAGAUAAUUCAACAAAUCUCUGGGAAUUACUUCUUCGGAUAGAUUCAAUGGUCCUUACCGGCAUGAUUGACAAAGGAGAUGCAUCUGAUUUAAGAAGGCUGGUCAUGGAUUCUAAGGUCAGUUUACAAGAUGACUUCGUUCCUCUUCUGCAGAAGACGGAUUCUGAGCUUUUGGCUGAGUUGCGUCGUUUGUCACUUCAAACUAAAAGGAGUGGCUUUCAUGUAAUACACGUUUGCACCGAAAUGGAGCCAGUAGUUUCUGUUGGAUCGUUAGGACCUUAUGUUACUGGCAUAUCGUGUGCGCUGCAAAGGAAGGGCAAUUUGGUUGAGGUUAUUUUACCAAAGUAUAAAAGCUUGGACUUGAGUGAGGUACAAGGAUUACAAGAAACACAAUCAGAAUUCUAUUCGUAUUUCAAUGGGCAAUUACAUGCAAACAAAAUAUGGACUGGUGUAGUCUGUGGGAUUGGAGUGACUUUUAUUCAACCUCUGUACUAUUCGCCAUUGUUUGACCGUGAGAUGGUUUAUGGCUACUCUGAUGAUUUUGAAAGAUUCGCAUACUUCUCUCGUGCUUCGUUGGAUUAUUUGGUAAAAGUGGGAAAGUAUCCGGAUGUAUUACAUACACACAAUUGGGAGACUGCAAUAAUUGGGCCACUCUUCUGGGAUAUAUUUGCUAACCAGGGAUUUGCUGGUACCAGAAUAUUUCUAACAUGCCUAGGCUUUGCUCCCCAGUGCCUUGAGCAGCCUGAAAAGCUUGAACUCUGUGGACUUGAUCCCUCUAGACUCAAUCGUCCAGAUCGUUUGCAAGAUAACACUAAGGCGCAUCUUGUAAAUAUUUUGAAGGGUGGAGUUGUUUACUCCAAUAAAGUAGUGGCUAUGUCGUCCUUGAGUUCAAAAGGGACAAUCAUCCGGAGUCUUGGUCAAGGCCUUGAGCCAACAUUGUCCACUCAUAAGGAUAAGCUAGUUGUUGCUCCAUAUGGAUUUAAUCAAACAAUGUGGGAUCCUUCGAGGGAUGAAUUACUUCCUGAAAACUAUAGUGUUAAUGACAUGAAAGGAAAAGCCAUCUGUAAAGGUGCACUACAGAGACACAUGGGGUUCAGUGAGGAUGCUUCAUCCAUUCUUGUUGGAUGCAUCUUCUCUGAAAUUUCAGACGUGGAUCUGGAGAAUCUGAUCGGUUUCUUGCAGAAUACUGCUUUGAGUGGAAUUCAGUUUAUCUUCACUGGAGAAAGCAAGGUACCUAGAAUCAACAGUGUGCUACAAUCUCUCAGUGAAGGAGUUGAGGAUAGGAAUGUCAGAUUUAUAAACAAGUAUGACGAAGCUCUAACACAUUUGAUAUUUGGAGGAUCGGAUAUAAUAUUGUGUCCCUCAUACGAAGAUCCAGUGCUUCAAGUGCCGCUGAAGGCUAUUAGAUACGGAGCUGCCCCCAUUUUGGUGACCUCCACUGAACGAAGAUUCAGGGAUUUUGUGGAGCUCGACUUUAGAAGCACUCAGUUUUCUCAAUACAUCUCGACGUUUUCAAAUAUGUCACUGAUGCAAGCUCUUGAUGAAAUGAGGAAUAAUCCUUUGAAAUGGAGUCAAAAGAUAAAGGAGGCAAUGUUGAAGGACUUCUCAUGGGAUGCUGAGUGUUAUGAUGUGCAUAUUUCUGCGUAUGAAUCCUUAAAGAACUAGUAAGUUGUAACAUGUAACAAAUUGUAUUAUAUCACAUAUAAACAUGUGUAACUUACUCUUUCCCGUCUUCUACGCGAUUCAAUGUACGUGAUUCUACGCGAUUCAAUGUACGUGAUUCUACACGAUUCAAUGUACGUGAUUCUUUUCAAAUAGAACGUGUUGGUUCUA